UCAGAUUCAAUUGAAGCAUUCAUACAUGUGUGCGCUGGCCAAGUCUGGAGAAAAGUCCUGCGGCGGAGGGAGGAAGUUUGCUGCCCAUUCUGUUGCAUCGCAUCAGGCUCAGUGCUCCCGGCUACGACAGUGACUAUGUCCUAGCAGCCUCAUGCGUAUGUGUACGGGUUUAUGGAAAGAGAACAUUGUGGUUGAAUUGAAUUGAGGUCUAUGUGGCCUUGUUGUGUCCACAAGAUCCUUGACCAGGAAUAUCGCAAUAGUGCCAGAGCCUGAGUGGGGGCUAAACUUACGAGGCUCACUUUGUUUGGUUUAUGUCUGUAGCUACUCACAGAGUGCACGAUAGCUGGCGGAACAGGCUGCAAUGGUGCAGCCUCCGCGCUGCUGCUGGCGGGGCACGCUGCCCAUCCAUUCUGUAUCGGACAAGUGCUUGACCCUGCUGGACGCAUAUGCGGAACAGGUGCUGGCGUAUGGCAGCAACUUGCAGCUGGCCGUCCUGGCUGCACAGGCUGAUCCUUCCUGCUGCCUAGCCAACACGCUGGCGGGCGCAGUUUGCCUUGCUGCAGAGAAGAAGUGCCCCCGUUUGCCUCCCCCGGACCCUCCUUCCAGCACCUUCCUCAAGCGAGCACAGGAACAGAUGGCCGCCGGUCAGUGCACCCUGUAUGAGCAGGCUCACCUGGAGUGCAUCCUAGCAUUGGCAGCGGGGGAUGUGGCGCUCAUACUGGAGAAGCAUCUUUCCCUGCUGCAAGACUGGCCGCAAGAUUUGGUGACGUUGAAGCGGGCACAGACACUUGCCUUCUAUGUGGGGCAGCAGGACCUCAUGCUGCGCCUGGCGCAAAUGGUAGAGAAGGCGAAUGCUCGUUCCCCGUUCUUCCACGGCUGCCUGGCGUUUGCCCUGCUGGAGGCAGGCCGCGUGACAGAGGCUGAAGCGGCAGCACGCGCAGGGCUGGCAUUGCGAGAGGACGACCCAUGGGCCCAGCAUGCACUGUGCCACGUGUACCACCACCGCUGCCAGUUUGAGGAGGCGGUGCGCUUCAUGCUGCAGAGAGUGCACCAGUGGCAACACUGCUGCCCCUUCAUGUACAUCCACAACUGGUGGCACCUCGCCCUCUGCUACGUUGACAUGGGCCGGCCCCAGGCUGCGCUGGCCGUGUUUGACCAGCACAUCUGGAAGGACGAGUGGCGGGACCAGGGCUCCACCGAGGACUGUUCUAACGGGCUGGGGCUGCUGCUGCGGCUCGAGCUGCGCGGGCAUGGCGCCGAGGUGCACGCCAGACUGCCCGCACUGACGGACCGUAUCCAGAACGAGGGCCUGUGGCACGUGGAGCUGCUGCUGGACGUGCUGGCGUGCUGGGCACUGCCGCGCUGCGGGCGCGACGCAGGGGGCCGCCAGCUGCUUGCCAAGAUGGCGGCGCUCGCAGAGAAGCAAAAAGGGCCGAGACGAGACGCCCUCCAGGCCGGCUGGCUGCGGUUGGCCGAGGCUGUGUCUCGGUAUGCGGCCGGAGACAUGGACGAGGCGGCCGACGGCCUGCUGGCAACGGACUGGAAGAGCCUCAAGGUGAUCGGUGCGUCCGACGAGCAGUUGGACGUGUUCCAGGAGCUGCUGUGCUCCGUGUUGCUCGCUGCGGGUCGCUGCCACGCCGCGCUGCGCCUGCUGCAGGAGCGGGCCCGGGAACGGGACCGGGUGCCCUUCACGCACCACCUCCUGGCACGGUGUAGGAGAAUGUGCGGAGACGAGAAGGGCGCAAAGGAGGCGCAUGCGAGGGCCAGCGAACUUGAAGCUGCUUACUCGGUCUAGAAUACUGCCAGCUGCCACCAAAGCCCGUGGUUUCUUGAGCAUGCGCCUGCUUUACCUUAAAAGAUUUGGUUGCGUUUUAGAUGUCGUCAAUCAGCCUGUGUACUUUAGCCUAAUUAAUUGCCCGCUUCCUGUCACAAAGUAGGUCAAAACUCUCGAGAAACGCUUCUUUUUGCAGAUCAUUACUUGCGGAGCAGUUCAUAAGAAGUUUGGAGUAAGCCGAAGAUAUCACUUGCCAGUUAGCAAAUGCGUUCAGUCAGCCUUCAAAGCAAGCUACAGUAGACUCUGUGGCGGUCUGGUAGAUGUCCUAGCGUAACUGGUGAGAAUUACGGAAGUCACAGACACGGAGUGGACGUAUCGGAUUGUUUUGAGUUUAGACAAGUUGCAAUGAUUGAAAUUGGCGCUGGACGAUACGUCUGGUGGGACCUCUAACAACAAUGGAAUUACCCGAUUGAGCAAAGACUAUAUGCCACUAGCACGUAAUAGUAGUUAACAUUCAGGCUGGGGUCGCGUGUUUUGUACGCGUGCUGCAGUUUUCUUAAAACAUACAUCA